AUUUCAACAUUUCUGAUAGAGCAAAUUUGAGCUUAAAGGUUGUGAGCCAUGGAAGUAACUCUUCCUCAUUCAUCUUCCUCUCUUUCCAUAAUCCCAACAUUAUCAGCUAAACCCCUAAAACCCCAUCUCAAAUUUACCCUUAAUUUUCCUAAUAAAUCAUUCAAAAACAGCUCUUCCAAAUUCAGUUGUACUUGCCUGAUUUCAAGAAACAGAGUAACUUCAAUAACAGCUUCUUCUACAACUGUUACACCUACUUGUACAACAACUCAAAGACACUGGAUGGUUAUUAUGGAAAAACUUCCAAAUGGGGUCAGUUCAAAAACUGAGGUCAUUGAUUACUAUGUUGAGAUUCUUGAAAGAGUAUUGGGCAGUAAAGAGGAUGCUCAAAUGUGUAUAUAUAAUGCUUCUUGCAAUGUCCCAUAUGGGUUUUGCUGCGACAUUGAUGAUGUGGUAGCUGAUGCGAUUGCUGGUAUGCCUGGGGUACUAUCAGUUUUACCUGACCCUGAUUUUAACUCAAUGGUGAAAGACUAUAGCUACCCAAAUGGUCAGUUAAGUUCCCUAUCAACUUUAUACACUGAAGGCUCUUCAUUAUUUCCGGCUGGGACUUCUAAACACUGGCUUGUUCGUAUGGCCAGGCCAUCUGUUGGAGUUAUAAGAAAAGGCCCAGUGGUUGACUAUUACGUUCAAGUUCUAACCAAAGUUCUUGGGAAUGAGAAGGAUGCACAGAUGUGCUUAUAUCAUGUGUCCUGGCAAUCCAAUUAUGGAUUUUGUUGUGAAUUAGAUGAGGCGUGUGCUCAAGAAUUAGCUGAAGUGCCUGGUGUUCUAUCUGUCCAGCCAGAUGAAAAUUUUGACUCGGACAAUAAAGACUAUGGAGGUGGUAAUUUGAAGCUGAGUGAAGAUUCCCAGGAAUCUGCAGCAUCAGAUGUUAGAACCAAGAAGCUUUUUGUGACUGGUUUGUCAUUCUAUACAUCUGAGAAAACGCUACGUGCAGCAUUUGAAGGCUAUGGUGAACUUGUUGAAGUUAAAAUCAUCAUGGACAAAAUUUCCAAGAGGUCGAAAGGUUAUGCUUUUGUUGAGUACACAACACUGGAGGCAGCAAGUGCUGCUCUCAAAGAGAUGAAUGGCAAGAUUAUCAAUGGCUGGAUGAUAACAGUUGAUGUUGCUAAAACAAAUCCUCCAAAAUACAGCAGAGGACGACCGGGAGUAGCUAGAUAGUAUUGUAGAAAAGAGACUAGAUUUAAUUUUAAGUGAAUUAAUGAAGUGAAAAUAUACAUCAAUUGACCAUGAUUAAGUGAUAAUUGUGUAUGUUCAAACACAUGUCUUGCAUCCAUUGGUUUAGAGUGUAAACACCCGUGCGGAUGAAUUUUUACC